AUGGCUCAUCUGACAACAGCAACUGCCAUCGCGUAUCGACUGGCAACAUCAUCACCACCAGCAUCCCCACCUACCCCUUCACCUUUCCACACCUUACUCAUUCCCCUGCCCCCAACAUGCGCACUAGCACGCUCCUCUCCGCCCUCCUUGGGCUCGUCUCGUCGGCGUCCCUCGCAAGCGGCGAACCCGUUACCCGUGCCGUGGGAGACAGACAGGCACGCGAGGGGGAUCCUGGACGCGUUGAAAAGCCCCAGCGACCUCGAGAAGGCCCAGGCCAUAUUCGCGCAGUACCUGGACGACGUCGGGCUGGCGAACGGGUACGGGAUGUUCUCGAUCGCGCAAUCGCACUGUUCCGGGGUCGUCGCGGAGGAAUGCAAGGGCGUGUUGUUGGUGGAGGUCCUAUUCUGUUACAAAGAGGAGAACGGUGUGGACGAGGAGGGCCAGAAAAUCUAUCCGAAGAGCGAGCCGGAGCCGGAGGACCAGAAUAAGGACGCGAAGUACGGCGCGAAGAACGGCGCGGCGUGA